CGACCCCGCCGCCCGCACAAAAUGUCGGCCCGGACGCCAUUGCCGACGGUGAACGAGCGGGACACGGAGAACCAUACAUCUGUAGAUGGAUACACUGAACCGCAUAUCCCGCCUACCAAAUCAAGUAGCAGACAAAACAUUCCUCGGUGUAGAAACUCCAUUACGUCAGCAACAGACGAACAGCCUCACAUUGGAAAUUAUCGUUUACAAAAAACAAUAGGGAAGGGAAAUUUUGCCAAAGUGAAAUUGGCAAGACAUGUUUUAACUGGUAGAGAGGUUGCUGUGAAAAUAAUAGACAAAACUCAGCUAAAUCCGACCAGUCUACAAAAGUUGUUUCGAGAAGUACGAAUAAUGAAGAUAUUGAAUCAUCCUAAUAUAGUAAAAUUGUUUGAAGUUAUUGAAACAGAGAAGACCCUCUAUUUAGUCAUGGAGUACGCGAGUGGGGGUGAAGUAUUUGAUUACUUAGUUGCCCAUGGAAGAAUGAAAGAAAAAGAGGCCCGUGCAAAAUUUAGGCAGAUUGUAUCUGCUGUACAGUAUUGCCAUCAAAAGUGCAUUGUUCACCGUGAUCUUAAGGCUGAAAACCUUCUCCUUGAUGCUGAUAUGAAUAUUAAAAUUGCUGACUUUGGUUUUAGUAAUGAAUUUAUAGUCGGGAACAAAUUGGACACAUUUUGUGGAAGCCCGCCCUAUGCUGCCCCUGAGCUUUUCCAAGGAAAGAAGUAUGACGGGCCUGAGGUGGAUGUGUGGAGUCUCGGUGUCAUUCUCUAUACACUAGUCAGUGGCUCCUUGCCUUUUGAUGGCCAGAAUUUGAAGGAACUACGGGAGCGAGUCUUACGAGGGAAGUACCGUAUCCCCUUCUAUAUGUCCACUGACUGUGAAAAUCUUCUGAAGAAAUUAUUGGUGCUGAAUCCAAUAAAGAGAGGCAGCUUAGAACAAAUAAUGAAAGAUCGGUGGAUGAAUGUUGGUCAUGAGGAAGAAGAGCUAAAGCCAUAUAGUGAGCCUGAACCAGAUUUCAAUGACGCGAAAAGAAUAGACAUCAUGGUCACCAUGGGUUUUGCACGAGAUGAGAUAAAUGACGCCUUAAUAAAUCAGAAAUACGAUGAAGUUAUGGCUACUUAUAUUCUUCUAGGUAGAAAACCACCUGAAUUUGAAGGCGGUGAAUCGUUGUCGAGCGGAAGCUUGUGUCAGAGGUCACGGCCCAGCAGUGACCUGAACAACAGCAGCCUUCAGUCCCCUGCUCACCUGAAGGUCCAGCGGAGCAUCUCCGCAAACCAGAAGCAGCGGCGUUUCAGUGAUCAUGGUGGGGGAAAAGUCAAACAAGCGAAAAGACAGACCAGUCCUACUCAAACUUCUGGUCCAUCCAUUCCCCCUGCCGUAUCAUAUACCAAAAGGCCUCAGGCUAACAGUGUGGAAAGUGAGCAGAAAGAGGAGUGGGACAAAGACCUAGCUCGUAAACUUGGCAGCACAACGGUUGGAUCAAAAAGUGAGAUGACUGCAAGCCCUCUUGUGGGGCCAGAAAGGAAAAAAUCUUCAACUAUUCCAAGUAGCAAUGUAUAUCCUGGAGGCAGCAUGGCAAGAAGGAACACGUAUGUGUGCGAGAGGACCGCAGAUCGGUACGUGGCGUUGCAGAAUGGCAAAGACAGCAGCCUUACGGAGAUGUCCGCAAGUAGCAUAUCUUCUGCAGGCUCUGCUGUGGCUUCUGCUGUCCCCUCAGCACGACCCCGCCACCAGAAGUCCAUGUCCACUUCUGGCCAUCCUAUUAAAGUUACACUGCCAACCAUUAAAGACGGCUCUGAAGCUUACCGGCCCGGCGCAGCGCAGAGGGCGCCUGCUGCCUCCCCAUCUGCUCACAGUAUUAGCGCCUCCACUCCGGACCGCACCCGCUUCCCCCGGGGGAGCUCCAGCCGCAGCACCUUCCACGGCGAGCAGCUCCGGGAGCGCCGCAGCGCCGCUUACAACGGGCCGCCCGCCUCUCCUUCCCACGAAGCGGGCGCGUUCGCACACGCCAGGAGGGGAACGUCAACCGGUAUAAUAAGCAAAAUAACAUCCAAAUUCGUUCGCAGGGAUCCAAGUGAAGGCGAAGCGAGUGGCCGCACAGACCCCUCAAGAAGUACGUCAGGGGAACCAAAAGAAAGAGACAAGGAAGAGGGUAAAGAUUCUAAGCCACGUUCUUUGCGGUUCACGUGGAGUAUGAAGACCACUAGUUCAAUGGACCCCAAUGACAUGAUGAGAGAAAUCCGGAAAGUGUUAGAUGCAAAUAACUGUGAUUAUGAACAAAAAGAGAGGUUUUUGCUUUUCUGUGUCCACGGAGAUGCUAGACAGGACAGCCUCGUGCAGUGGGAGAUGGAGGUCUGCAAGUUGCCGCGGCUGUCACUGAACGGGGUCCGCUUCAAGCGAAUAUCUGGGACAUCUAUUGCCUUUAAGAACAUUGCAUCUAAAAUAGCGAAUGAGCUUAAGCUGUAAAGAAACUCAAAUUUACAGGAUCAGGGAAGAUACAUUCACAUAUGAGGUACAGUUUUGAAUGUAUUGGUAAUGCCUAAGGUGAUUGGCCUGUGAGUCUCCCCCCAUGUAGAAUUCGCCCUUCAUGCAAUAAGGACAUACAUAGUUAGGGACUGGACAACUCAAGUCCGUGUGAAGUAUACUAAAUACCUGUAGCUAAAAAAGUAGGUUUCACAUGUACAGGUAAGUAUAUUGUGUAUUUCUGUUCAUUUUCUGUUCAUAGAGUUGUAUAAUAAAACAGAUGAUUGCUUAAAGAACUUGUAUAGUUGUCUAGAUUUCUGCACAUAAAUGUAUGUUUGACACUUUCAGUUGGAGAUGUUCUUCCCUGUUAUUUACAUUCUGGUGGGUUUUUUAAAUUCUUACCUCCAUCAUGCAAUUUUGAAAAUUGUGUCCAGAAUUAAAAGUGCACAGAAAUAGUCUUUAAAGUUGUAGCAUGGACUUCUAAAAAUUAUUUUUAAAUCCUAUUUAAAUUUAAACCAGGAGCUGAUAAAUAGAUCAGCUUUACUGUACACAGAAUUAUUCCUGCUUACCUAUGCUCUUCUCCUUGUUCUCAGACAAGGUGUAGUUGAGAAAAUACAAAAUGUUUACAGUGUUGGCACUUAGAGUUUUUAAAAUGAACUACAUCAAAAUAUUAAUAGCUUUGCCUUGAGCUAAGAAGUACUGGGGAAAAAGUUAAACCUGUAUCACAUUUCUUUUAAACUUUAAAGUGUUUUCUGGCCCACUGCUAAAUGUAGCAGCAAAAUUAAAAAGAAUCAACACUCCAUCUGGCUAUUAUAAAUGUAAACUGUCACUUAGGUUUGCUGCCUUCUGAAUACCGCAAUGUAAUUGCGGAAAUAGAAUAUCGGGACUGUCUCAUAGCACAAACUCAUCUUUACAGUGUUGAUCAAUGCAUCAGUUAAGAAAUAAUGCCACCUCAGGAACUAACUGGCAUUGGGAACAUUUGCCUAUUCUCCUCCCAUCCUUUUCACCUGCCCCCGACACAGUAAUAUCUGUAAGUACUUAGGAGACUUUUGAGCAAAACCUACUAUUUAUAACAGUGUAUUAUUGAUUUACGCUUACGUGGUUGUUGAGUUUGUUCCCAUGUAACAUGUUUGUUUUUAAUAUUUUGCCAGAUUUCUUGUAUUUAUUCCACACUGUUAUGCCUAUAAUGUGCAGCUUUGUAAUUGGGCAUUUGCCUCCUUUUCUUUCAUAAUUAGUGAUAUAUGCGAUGUAAAACCACUAGGAAAGGUACAUUUUAAUACUUGUUAUUUUUUACUGAAUUAGCCUUGGAGGUUGACUGUGCAAUGUUAUUUAAUGUUGUAAUUACUGUAAUAUCAACAUAUGGGCCCCAUCUGCACACUCCUGAGAAGUGGAAAAGGGUAUUCAAAUUUUAUCAGUUCAAAGGAGAAUAAAGCUGUGAUAAAUACUGUAAUUCUAACCUACAUCAGAAAGCUCUACGUGUAGGUGAUGUGCCAUUCCGUAAUGGCAUCCAGACUAGGGUGAAUUUUACAUUCUGUACUGUACUGUGACGUAGCUUUCCUCUGUAACAGUUCUGUUCUAAAAUGAAGUGUAUUUUUGCCUUAGCAAAGGAUGGUGUUUGGAAAAAAAAAACUGUGUAGCCCCUUUUUAACCUAGUGUUCAUUCAGAAAAAUUGAUGCAAAUCUUUAUUCACUUUCACUGGUGCACACUGAAAUUUUACUUGAACAGUUCUCAUAAUAAAGCACUUGUCUUCUGCUCUUUA